AUGGAUUUAUCGAAGGUAUUGAAUAAUAAAGAAGAGGCUCUAAACCGCCAAAAGAAGGAUCGGCAGCAAGAUUGGAAGUACUACAGAUAUAAACCAAGCUCGGACCGGAUUAAAGAUAUUAUGCAUUCCCAUCUGGAAAAAAAAAAGUUCAGUGAAGGUGUAUCAUCUCCAAGAACCAUUUAUGAGCCAGCGAAGUUUUCUUUGCCAUGUAGAUAUGAAGUAACACAUAUUUUGGGGAAAGGCUCAUACGGAACAGUUUGUUCCGUUAGAGACAAGUUUGAUCCGGAAAACCCUUACUCUAUUGCAGUUAAGAAGAUUACAAACAUUUUUUAUCGUGAGGUUCUUUUGAAAAGAGCCAUUAGAGAGUUGAAAUUUAUGAGUUAUUUCAAGGGUCACAAAAAUAUCGUAAGCCUGAUUGACUUAGAGUUUGUUCCAGAAAAGCCAUACGAUGGAUUAUAUUGUUACCAGGAAUUGAUCGAUUAUGAUUUGGCAAAAGUCAUUCAUUCCUCAGUUCAGUUAUCUGAAUUUCAUAUAAAGCAUUUUUUUUACCAGAUUCUGUGUGGUUUAAAAUUCAUUCAUAGUGCUGAAGUCAUUCACCGCGAUCUGAAACCAGGCAACAUUCUUUGUACAUUGAACGGGUGCUUGAAAAUUUGCGACUUCGGUCUAGCAAGAGGUCUGGCCUCACAAUUCUUUGCCUCGCAUGUUGCCAGGCAGGAUAUAACAAACUACGUCGCUACCCGUUGGUACAGAGCACCCGAAUUGAUACUUUCACAUAAAGAGUACGGAAAACCAAUUGAUAUGUGGUCUGUCGGCUGUAUCUUGGCGGAACUCUACGGCAGAAAACCUAUUUUUAUGGGUAAAGAUUCUCUGCAGCAGGUUCACGAGAUUAUGAGAGUAAUGGGCAAUCCUCCGAAGGAACUGCUUGUUAGCUAUGGUUCUUUGAGAGCUUGGAAUAUUUGCAAUGAUUCCAUUUAUUCUAAUCAGGGUAUUGAGUGGAAGUUGCUCUAUCCAUUUGCUUCGGAGGAUGCCCUCGACUUGAUUGACAAAAUCUUACUCUGGGACAUGAAUGAAAGAUUGACAGUAGAGCAAGCAUUAAGCCAUCCAUUUCUAGUUGAAGUGAAAUGUGCUGAGGAUGAGCCCUCCUGUCCUCUCGGACCCUUUGACUUUUCAUAUGAAACUAGGUUAAACUCGAUGCCACGGUUGAGAGAAUUCCUAAUGAGUGAAGUCUUGAUCUUCAAAGAAGAUCGUGCAUUCUGCCACCCCGCAGAACAAGGAUGUUCUAAAUAUGUUCCAACAACUCCUCUUGGGAAAAUGUACGUAUGA